CAUCAAUGCCAGCAGGGUAAGGAAGCUGUGUACGGCAAUUUCUGGUACCUAGACUACAGUGCCAAAAGCCUAUGAUGACGUGCCAAACUACGGUAGGUGCCCUACCUGUGCACACUACACCGUAUGGUGCUCCUGAGUUGAUCAACUUCCACUAUUCAUUCCCGCGCGGACCACCUCCGGCCGUUCGCCCUCCUAGCCUCGAGAAAAUAGACAUGGAAGCGAUAACGCAGUCAUCAAAUGCGGAUCCUCCUCAUAUGGGCCUGCUCCGGGAUGAGACGCUUGCCCUUCGAGGUCUGUUUGGAUACAGCAAUCAUGUCCCAGCACAACCGUGUAACCCAGUCCUCGACUUCCCCGGCACGAAGCUUCACAAAACGGAAGUAUGGGACGUCCGAUUCCUCGGCCUCGACGUCGACGCAUUGCAGGAGAUCGAACAGGGAAUCCAACAAUUCCAUAUUGGCGUAUCCAUCUUCGAUACCCGGCUUCUGUGGAAGUCCGCUUUGGGAUUGCCGCACCCUGGGCAGGAGAACAAGAUGACCGAGUCACAUUAUUUUGUUGUUGGAAGCCCCAAGUUCAGCCGGAGGAAGUCCAACAAGUUUCUAUUUGGGAAGUUUGAGGCUCUUUCCCUCUCCGAUCUUCGAGCAAGACUCGAAGGGAUGACUCUGCACCGAGACCUCAUUCUCGUUGCUCACGGGAUUCAGCGGGAGCUCACGGUCCUUCAACGAGUCAAUAUCGAUCUCCGGCCGCGCUACGUCCUCGACACGGUCAAGGCCGCGCAGCAUCCACUCCAGCUGUCCUACAGAUGUAGCUUGGAGCAGUUGCUCGCGGAAUUUGACAUCUCUUUCCACAGCCUCCACGUCGCCGGGAAUGACGCUCACUUCGCGCUUCGAGCUAUGCUGAUGAUCACAGUCAGAGACGCGGAACGCCAGCUGGAUGCUUCUGUGCUCCCUAGUUGGCUGCCAACACUCCGAGCAAUUGCUCACGCACCCUUGUUGCCAGCAGAUAAUAAGGGCUGUUCGGAGCUUGGCACCGCUAAGAGGUCCUCCUCAUGCCUAGAGAUCUUGAUGCUCCACGCAAUGGCUAUUUGCCAACAGCUAUAUCCGGGCAUUUGAGGGAGUGAGCAUGACUGGGAGAGAGAUUGAAGGAAGCCGCUGACAGGUUAGGAACCCGUUUCUGCUAGUCUGCCUCAACUUCUCCACGACAGUCGGCCCACAACUUGGCCAGCAACUACGUGAGAAGCCGCGCCCAUCGAUCCCUAUGCGCUUACAGCUUCCCGCCACACGUCAC